AUGAACAGGAUAUUCCACGACCUCAUAGGGAAAACAGUUGAAGUCUACGUGGACGACAUCCUGGCAAAAACAACACGACCUGACGACCUCUUGAACGACCUGGCAAGAGUAUUCGCGUCCCUCCGUCAACACGGUAUGAGGCUGAAUCCCCUCAAGUGCGCCUUCGCCAUGGAAGCCGGCAAAUUCCUGGGAUUUAUGAUAACUCAGAGAGGGGUAGAAGCUAACCCGGAGAAAUGCCAGGCAAUACUCCAGAUGAAGAGCCCGGGUUGCAUCAAGGACGUCCAGAGGUUGGCAGGGCGGUUGACCUCAUUAUCCCGAUUUCUCGGAGCUUCGGCAACAAAGGCCCUGCCAUUCUUUAACCUCAUGAAGAAAAGGAUGGCGUUUGAGUGGACACCCGCAUGUGAAGAGGCCUUUCAGCACUUCAAGGAAAUCCUGGCGGCACCACCCGUCCUCGGGAAGCCAAAGGACGGGGAACCACUAUACCUAUACCUCGCCAUAACGAGCGAAGCCCUGGCCGCAGUUCUGGUACGGGAGGACGGAAAAGCUCAACAGCCAGUCUAUUUCAUAAGCAGGGCCUUGCAAGGGGCAGAAUUAAGGUAUAGCAAGUUGGAAAAGCUAGCUUUAGCACUCCUAACUUCCUCACGAAGGUUAAAGCAGUACUUCCAGAGUCAUCAAGUCAUCGUCAGAAUGGACCAAGGGAUCCGGCAAGUACUCCAAAAACCCGAUCUGGCGGGAAGAAUGAUGACUUGGUCCAUCGAACUCUCCCAGUAUGACAUACGAUACGAACCCCGGCAAGCCAUCAAGGCGCAGGCGAUAGCGGAUUUCCUAGUAGAAGUAACGGGAGAUCCAAGCGAAGAAGUGGGUACACGGUGGAAGCUCCAUGUGGACGGAGCCUCCAACCAGACCUUCGGAGGUGCCGGGAUCAUCCUGGAAAGCCCGAUUGGGGUUGUAUAUGAACAGUCGGUCAGAUUCGAGUUUCCCGUCUCGAACAACCAGGCAGAAUAUGAAGCCCUUAUAGGAGGCUUAACCUUAGCGGCAGAAGUCGGCGCAAGAAGACUAGAAAUAUGCAGCGAUUCCCAAGUCGUCACCUCCCAAGUAAACGGUAGCUACCAAGCCAAAGACCCUUUGCUACAGAAGUACUUGGAAAAGGUUAAAAGCUUGAGCCAAAAGUUCGAAGAGGUCACGGUCUACCACGUACCCAGAGAAAGGAACACACGGGCAGACCUUCUAUCAAAAUUGGCCAGCACAAAGCCAGGGGAGGGGAACCGGUCUCUCAUCCAAGGCAUGACAAGAGAACCAGCAAUCACACUGCACAUGACAAUCCUAGGUUCUUCAUGGCUAGACCCCAUCACCGACUUCCUAGAACACGGCAAACUCCCUAGUGAUGAAAAGGACGCGGCGAAGUUGAGAAGGGAAGCGGCCAAAUACGCCGUCAUCCAAGGACAGCUGUUCAGGAAAGGGCUCAACCAACCCCUACUGAAGUGCCUACACCCCGACCAGACGGACUACGUCCUCAGGGAAGUCCAUGAGGGCUGCUGUGGGCACCACAUUGGAGGCAAGGCCCUAGCAAGGAAACUAAUCCGAGCCGGAUACUAUUGGCCGUCGAUGAUGGCAGAUUCCAAAGAGAAAUUCAUGUGGAGGCAGGUGAUAACGCGAUUCGGGAUACCGGAAGUCGUCAUCUCGGACAACGGCACGCAGUUUACUGACAAAAAGUUCACGGAAUUUCUCAACGGCCUGGGUAUAAGGCAAAGGUUCUCUUCGGUAGAACACCCUCAGACGAACGGACAAGUGGAGUCCGCCAACAAGGUUAUCCUUUCAGGGCUAAAAAAGAGGUUGGACAAUAAAAAGGGUGCUUGGGCCGACGAACUAGCAGCGGUUCUCUGGUCCUACCGAACAACCGAACAAUCCUCCACUAAGGAAACUCCUUUUCGAAUAACGUACGGGAUGGAUGCAGUAAUACCCGUAGAGAUCGGUGAGCCGAGCCCGCGGUUGCUUUUGAAAGGAGUGGAGGAAACCGUAGAAAAAGACCUGAUAGAUGAAGCCAGGGAAAUGGCCCAUUUGACAGAAACGGCGCUAAAAUAA